GGCAGUGGCUUCUCUACAGAGGCCAGUUAGCCAGCACAUGCUGGAGACUGGAGCUGGACACUGGAUGAAUGGACUGAACAUAUGUCAGAGGACACACAGUACAUGGGAGUAGUGGUCAUCAGGACUUAAGGAGAGUUACAGCAGCCUUGGAGUAACACUGAGCAGUAAGACCUGGAGCGGGAGCAGCCUGAGUCUACAUUAAGCCCAGUUACUCAUCACAUGUUGCAGUCUGGGUCUGAGCUGUGGAACGUAGAGAUGACUGGAACCCUGCUGACUCUGGUUCUGCUCUGUUACAUAGUGGUGCUGUGUGAAUGUGAGCCAACUCAGCCAGGGCUAGACAGAGGAGAGAGUGGCUCAGAUGAGGGCAGCAGUAUGCGCCUGGUCCAUCAAACAUCAGACUGGGUGUUCCGGCUGGUCAAUGUGUCCCUGGCCCUCUCCCAGGCAGGGAGCUUCUGCAGGGGCCAGUUCAGCUCCCUCACCACCCUGGGCCAGCCUGAAGACGAGGAGGGAACCCUGGAGCUCAUCAGGCAGGCAGGCCUGCAAGGACCCAUGUGGGUCAGAGACCCCAACAGGCCAAUCAGCAGGUCUCUGGCCCUUGCCAAACAGUAUGUGUUGUUCCAAGCCCUGAACUUCCCCAGGGACUCCCAGGAGGGCUACGGCCGUGUCAACAUGACAUUCCCGGCCAUGCCAGCUGUGAGCGUGUGUGUCCGCGUGCAGUGGGACCCCCAGUGGUACCAGGUGUCCACCAUGUACUCCUACGCCGCGGCCGUCUUCACCAACGAGUUCCAGCUGCGCGGGCAGUUGGACGGGGCAGGACGCAUCCUGCUGGCGCUCAUUGUUCAUGGGCAGCACCGCCCCUACAAGGCAUCCUUCCCCAACGAUGGCGCCUGGCACCACCUCUGUGUCACCUGGCGCAAGACUGACGGCCACUGGGCCAUCUAUGUAGAUGGGGAGAGGGGGGACAUGGGCUCCGGGUCUGACACCCCCAGGGACAUACAUGGAGAUGGCAUACUUAUCCUGGGGCAGGAUCAGGACUCGUUUGGAGGGAAUUUCACCGAGCCCUUUGUGGGGAAUAUCACAGAUCUGAAUGUCUGGGACACAGCCUUGGAGCAGAGGCAGUUCCAUGCCCUGAAUGGCUGCUCAUCUUUGACCCAGGACGCAAUCUUUACCUGGAGUAUAGAUAAUAUGACCCGUCACCCAGUGGUCAGAGAGGUGCCAGCCAUGCUGUUCUGCCCAGCGGUCCACAAGCAGAGGGAGAUACAGGGCUGCAGGACUCUGGAGGGCUGGUCUAGCCAACAGCUCCCCCUGUAUGACUCUGCAGACUGCUCCACCACACUACCCUUCAUCUGCAGGACCAGCAGGGAGAGCUAUGUUAAGAUGAAGGAGUUGAGUGAGUCUCAGCGCUCCCAUCCUAGUCCCUUCAUGCACCACCUCAUGCAGAUCUCCAAUGGAACGCAGGGCGUGUUGGGUGUGGUGGGGGGGCAGCCAGGGAUCCAGAUGAGCUGGGGUCAGGCGUCCAGUCUGCUCAACAUGUCCAGCCAGGCCCUGGAGGACACCAGGGAGGGGCUGCAGCCAGGGGACAUGCUGUCCCUGGUCCAGCUGCUAGCGCGGGCUGCAGACGUGCCCACAGACACGGCCGCGGAAGGCAACGACAGCCUUGCCACCAUCAGCGCCGGGGAACUCAGCCACACCUUUAUCACUGUGGCUGAUAGACUCAUCAGCCAGGACAACGCCCCCAAGUGGCAGGCCAUCAAACAGGUGGUGAGUGGACCGAUGGCUGUGGUCAAGAGCAUUGACCGCAUGGUGACCAGUCUGAGCACUCAGCUGAUGACGGAAACGGACCAUCUACUUAUCCACAGGUCCAACAUCAAACUGGAGGUUCAGCAGCAGAGUCUGGGAGAGGGAUCGAGCGGGCCUAAGUUCUGUGGUCCAGAGAGCGUCACCAACAUAGACUGUAUCUCAGUCCCCACGCAGAACAUGCAGAAUCUCCAUGACAACGGCUUCCAGAAGGUGACUGUGGUCAACACGUGGUACAGUUCCCUGCGGCCUCUUUUCAACGCGGAGGAGAACAUCACCAUGAUUCCCAUCGUCACCGAUGGCAUCCAGAGGUACCUGGGCACCAUCCUGGGCUCCUCUGUCAUCUCUACUACAGUCCUGGGGGACGGACAGCCUGUCAGCAUGGCUGUGCGCUUCCAGCUCCAACACAGAUCUCAAAAUUCUGCAGGGACCGUGUAUGACCCAGUCUGUGCAUUCUGGGACUUUGAUCUGAUGCCAGAGGCAGGUGGGUGGUGGUCUACUAAAGGCUGUGAGGUCAUCUCUAAACACUACGACUCCACUGUCUGCUUCUGCAACCACACCACCAACUUUGCCCUGCUGCUGCAAGUCUAUGAAGUCCAGAGGAGUCCAGAGAGUGAGAGAGCCCUCCAGGUCAUGACGUUCAUCGGCUGCGGAGUGUCCCUGUGUGGCUUACUCUUCACCUUCAUCCUCUUCUUUGCUGUGGGAGUUCCUAAGUCUGACCGCACCACUGUCCACAAGAACCUGAUCGUGGCUCUGGGGAUAGCUGAGCUGCUGCUGAUGUGCAGUGACUGGGCCUCUGCUAACGAGGGGGCAUGUCUGCUGGUGACGGCCCUGCUGCACCUCUUCUUCAUGGCCUCCUUCUCCUGGAUGCUGGUGGAGGGGCUGCUGCUGUGGAGUAAGGUGGUGUCUGUCAACAUCAGCGAAGACCGCCGGAUGAAGAUGUACUACGGCAUUGGCUGGGGUCUGCCUGUUGUGAUUGUUGGUGUAACCUUGACGAUAUCCCUGGACAAGUACAAAGCAGACAGUCACUGUUGGCUCAAUGUCGAGACUGAUAUGAUUUGGGCUUUUGUGGGACCUGUUCUUUUAAUCUUGGCCGUCAAUGCAGUGGUGCUGUGCCGUGUUGUCAUGGUGACGGUGUCCAGCGCUCGUCGUCGCGUAAAGAAGCACACUCCCAGUUCAGCAUCUAAACUCCACACCUUUGACCUGACCUGGGCUGUGACACGACCAGUCCUUAUUCUACUGCCGGUGCUGGGCCUGACCUGGCUGUGUGGAGUCCUGGUGCACCUCUCCAUGGUGGUGGCGUAUGUCUUCAUUGCUCUCAAUGCCUUUCAGGGCCUGUACAUAUUCUUGGUGUAUGCGGUUUACAAUAGUGAGGUGAGGAAUGCCAUUAAGAGGAUCAAAGAGAAGAGGAAAGCCUUGUCUUUCACGAACUGUUCCCAGCCAAUCAGCUUCCUGCCAUCCCAGAGGGGUCCGGCCCAGUCGUGGACACACAGUCUGCCCCGUCCCUCCAGCCCAGAGACCAGCGAGACCUCAGGCCCCGGCAGCACCAUCUCUACCUCACUGGUCAUCAAGAACGAGAGUUAUGGAAAAGAAAGUAGUUUUGUGAGCUUCUCCUUGAAACCAGCAUCAGGAAACCAGGUGGUUCAACUGACUGCUUUCAAGCCUUCAGGCUGCUGAUGGAAUUGGACACCAAGGCACAUGUAUCAUAUAAACUGGUGGAAAGAAAGAAGAAUUGCACAGUGAAUAUCACAUACAGAUACACACAAUAGAUGCAUCUACUCUCAUACACAUAUAGUAGUAGAUAGUGUAAAUAGACACACAUUCACGCACGCACGCACGCACGCACGCACGCACGCACGCACA